AUGAGCUCCGAGAUCGACAAAACUGGCUGUGGACUGAUGGAGUGUUUUCAGCAACCUUGUGAACAGUUUCUUUUAGACGCGCCCAGACAUGAAAAAAAACACGUGCGGAGAAUGACGUAUCCCCAAGGUCGUCAUCGGUACUACACGUUCCGGGUAGGAGGUGCGUUGGCGGAGCUCACCGAACACGGCUUGGCAACAUACGAUCAGUGGAGUGGGGCUGAAAUCCGUCUCGACCGGAACACCACCAUCGGCUAUACAGAACGAACAAGUGAACGAUCAUAUUUGGCCCUGUAG